AUGGGUGUUCUGCGACCAGAUCUUAUCGUCAAGAACAUUGUUCCGGUCAUUAUGGCUGGUAUCAUCGGUAUCUACGGCCUCGUAGUUUCAGUCUUGAUAUCCGACAACCUCAAGCAAGAGCUUCCACUCUUUACGAGUUUCAUUCAAUUAGGUGCUGGGCUUAGUGUUGGUCUUUCCGGUCUUGCAGCAGGCUUCGCUAUUGGAAUAGUUGGAGAUGCGGGUGUCAGAGGAACAGCUCAACAACCUCGUCUCUUCGUUGGCAUGAUUCUUAUUCUCAUUUUUGCGGAAGUGUUGGGUCUGUACGGCUUGAUCGUGGCGCUACUCAUGAACGCCAAGGCCUCUACAGAUGUAAAGUGCUAG